UAGGACGGUCUCCAAUCCGCGGAGUGGUGAUUCUUCGGUAAAGGGCAACGACUCGCCAAGUGAAAAUAAUGUCUCCUUAUGCACAUCGGAGGCAGUCGCGGUGAACAGUGCGGGCACGCGUGUGUAAAAGACCUCAACCGUCACGACGACGACGACGGUUCACACCACACGGCAGGAAUUCCGUGUGAUCCCGCCGGUGGAUUAAAAAAACCACGGUGUUAAAACGCGCGCACACGGAAAGACGCCUCUGAAACGAAGCCGCGGUGCGACGCGGCCGGCCAACUUGGAAAUGCAUCGUACGAGAGCAGCUUGAGAAGGAGCAAUGGAGGACGAGCCACGGGAUACAUGUUUCGGGGCAGGAAGCGUGGCAGGGGCUGUGAUCGGUACAUUUCUCACGACGAUACUCCUGCUGAUCGUUGCUGCCCUCCUCUACAGACAGUGGCGCAGGCACAAAGGGAAACACCUGGUACUGGUGACAGACCCAGAAAUCGUCGAGGAAGCCUACGCCUUCGACAAUCCGUGCUUCAAAGAUGUCACGGCGUCGACGACGAAUCGAGUUCGUGAGGGAACGGUGUCCGUGGCAUCCGGAGACACCCCAGGUAAAGAUUCUGUACGAUGGUCUACCUCUUGGACGUCCCUUGGUCUGGGAUCGCCCAACCGCAACGAUAAGCGAAAAGCUCUCGACGAUUCUUGUGUCGGACCAAAGGCUACGAAGGUUAGCGUAGUCAGCCUGAAAAGCCGGGACUUCACGGGACUUGGAUUCAACAUUUGCGGUAACAUGAGGGAGGGAAUCUUUGUGAAAGAUCUCUUGCAUCGUGGACCUGCCUCAGAAUCUGGACGAAUACAUCCUGGUGAUCGUAUCGCCAGUGUGAAGAUCAGUUUCCGAAACAUGGUCUACGAAGACGCCCUCACGAUUUUGAGCUACGCGUCCCCGUACGACGUGAAGCUCGAAGUAGAAAGCGGAGGUACCGGCUCAAAACCAACGACACUUUUAAAAAUCGUCGCGAAACGGUUGUUCAUAGUCGACCCCAAUGAAUCCGUUUGCUCGAAUUACUCGACAAUGAACUCGACCCUGAAGUCGACGAAAUCGACGCCUAUCAACCAAUACGAGAAGCGUCAUGAGGAAUCGAAGAGUAAUCACCAAAAAUUUGGGAUCAAAGUGCUGCCCGCCCUGGACGGCACGGUUCACCGUAUCGAGAAUCAAAACGAGCACAAUACGAACCUCGAGAGACGAAACUCGAAGAAGAUGGACACAGAGAAGCAUCUGACCAACGUGAACAUGACUUCUCUAAUUGGCGAGAAGAAGGAGGAAUCGCAGCGGCAACAGAACGCUCAGGGAUCGAACACACCGAAGACCGACAUCUUCGAAGCUCGCAGCGUGGACAUGCCGGACAAGGGUGGAAAGGACAGAGAAACGUCGAUUCACAUCCCCUCAGAGGUACCCGCAGAAGUGCACAAUGCGGCCAUGGCCGCUCGUAGGAACCGAAAGAACAGCUCGGAGCUAUUAAACGUGCAGAAAACAGUGGAACCGGUUGUUGAGACGGAGGAUCAGCGGAAUGUACAGAAGAACAAACGGAAAGCUCCCCAGCCACCAAAAGGCAACAACGACAGUGACGUUUCUUCUCCGAGAAAGGAUUCCCCGGCAAAGGGGUACGAUCUGAAGAAGGAAGAUGAAAUUAAUAGUAUCACCGAUUAUGCGGACUCUUUGACCGAUUACGUGAACAAGGUGCGCGAGACCACGGAGAAAACGGAUCCCCGUGGGGACCAGAAGGUGGACGGUUCGAUCGUCGACGCGCGACACUCGGAAUCCGACACCGACAGUGAAAUACAGAACAGCUUCACAACCAUCGAGCUGAAUUCGGCUGACAUUACUAUUCAUCGGACACCCAUACCGGAGACGAACAACGACGAGGACGAUGACGAUGACGUGUACCGGAAAGCAGCGAGCUUGGGCGAUCUGUCGAAGUACGAGUGCAGAACGUCUGCGACACUGGAGAGAGCUCAGAGUCUAGACAUGACGGAUAAUGGGACCAAGAAACGAAAGGCGCCACUACCGCCGGAGGACAUCAACGAGUCAACCGAAGAUCUGACCAAGCUCGAUCAGAUGGACACAUUCGACCGACGGCUAUUGAAAAAGUCGAACGAGUGGGGCAACUUGGAAGACAUGGUCUGGUGUAAGAAGCAGGAGACAGAUGAUAAAUCGAAGAUGUCCAGAACCGGAAAGAAGGGCUACGAUUCUCUGGAACGGUCCAAGUCGGCCGUGGAAAUCAAACUGAAAGACGAAGACGACUCCACGCCGAAGGAAGAAGCUUCUGCCGAUGAAACCAGCAUCGAGCUGUACAAUCUUCCUCUAAGUAAGAGACUAACGGAGGAAUUCAUUCACGCGGAACGUAUGUUCAAUCCCGACGAAGACAAUUCAUUGGCCAGAAUCGUCAACGAUGGGGUCGUUGUCAAGAGUCCAACACCUGAAGAGAUGGAACGGAAAUUCAAGCAGGGCACGUCGUUCACCGUGAACGAUUCUUCGGACGAAGACGAGAAAACAACCAGCAGAGACUUUGCCAAGGCUCUGAAACAUUUCGAGGCGUUCUCAGAGAAAUCACCUACUUUCACCGACACGUCGAAGCACCACGAUCUGUUCCGUUUCAAGAACUGGAAAGAGGAUGGAUCGUUGCUGGCCAGCAACGAUCCAAUUUCGUACGCUGGAAGGAAGGAAGUUGAAGAGGAACCUAUGGCCAAGAUUCACGUGAAAAGAGGGUGCCACGUGUGCUCGGAUAACUGCAAUCGCCACGAGACCUGUAAGAAGAGGGCUUUCUCCUCGAAGAGAUCCUCCACUCCGAUACCAUUGCAAGACUAUUCCUCCAACUCGACGGAGGGCAAUGGUUCCGAUUCGAUAACUGUCCCGGACGAAGACGAAGCGAACUCUUUACCUCAUCCGCACGGGGCGACGUUAAAGCACAGGGGGAACACCAGCGAGACUUCGUCGAUCGACUCGACGUCGCCGUCCAGACGAGUGAUCGAGACUCCCACUAGUCAUAGGAUCGACCGGGAGAACGACGAGGACGAGGACGAGUACGAGUUCGGUUCCGGUGUGACCGUGAGCAGCAAGAAUCUGUUCGAUCGUGAGGAUCGUCGUAACAUUAACAAUAUCAGUGUGUCCAGUGGUGAGAACAGUGAGGACAGCGGUCUGGUCGGCGAGUCGAUGGAUUACAAUCCCCAGGACUUCGACAACCGACCGUCCCUACCGAACACGCCGAUGCCCCAGAAGAUGACGUAUAUCACGGAGAUCAAGCUGUCCCCUAACAAGGAACGACUGGUCCAAGAGGACAGCGACGGGAACAACGAGACGCUUUCCAUAAUCGGGAAAGAGAAGAAGUCUGCGCAGAACGAAAUCAAAACGACGUCGAACGGCAAGGCGUCGAACAAGAAGCCACCCGUACCACCGAGACGAACAGAUAUCGCGAAGUCGAACAAGAGGGGAAACGGUGAGAAGCAGGUGAUCUAUGUGUCGGAAUACAAGCCUAACGAGUCGAAAGGCAGCGACGACUCGGAUACGAAUCAGGAACUGAAACAGUCGGAUACGAAGAAUCUCGAACAAUGGACGUUUUUAGAGGACAAGGAACAGAAUCGAUGAGGAUUUUUACCGGUGAACGAUAUCGAUUAUU